AUGGUGCUCUACUUAGAUCCAAAUGGAGGUGAAGUCACUAAAAUUCUUGCCAAUCCUUAUCAUAUAAAACUUUCUUCAAAGCAGACUGAUGGUGAAUUCACAAUGAUGGAAGGCAUUGUAUUGUCGGGAGAAGAUUUACAUUUAUUAACACCAAAAUGUAGUUGUGUAUAUGCUCCACGUGGUGUUGUUCAUACAUUUCGAAAUAUAAAUGGAAUAAAUGCACGACCUGCUCUACUUCAAUUUUGGUUCAGUCCAGCUGGAAUCGAAAAUUAUUUUCAACAAGUGAGUUGUGCACUCAACCAAAAGCCACCUGAUCUUGAUCUUGUAAUGGAAAUUGCUAAAGAAUGGGGUAUUGAUAUCAUUGGAUCACCAAAUUGGAGUAUUGCUGGUUAA